AUGGCUAUGAGAUCAAGAACACCUAUUCCUAGAACAAAACCUUCCAUUGAUCCUGUCUAUGAAACUUUCCAACCCAUGUCAGAGUUAAAGGAAAAUCAACAAGCAUACUUUCUUCACAUUUACCUUCCUGGUUUUAUAAAAGAGAGAAUAAGUAUCAAAUUUGUGGCACUUUCUAGAACCCUAAGGAUUAUAGGACAAAGGCAAAUAAUUGGUAGCAACAAAUGGAGCCAAUUUGAUCAAUCAUUUCCUGUACCAGAAAAUUGUGAGGUAGAGAAACUUGAAGGCAAGUUUGAAAAUGGAACUCUCAUUGUUGCAAUGCCAAAGAAAUUCCCAUCACUUAAAUCAUCACAAGUUGAAACUUCCAAAGAAAAAUUUGUAGCAAGUCCUAGAACACCAAAGGGAACCAAUAUUCCUUCGAAAAAUGCCGCAAAUCGAGUAAUAGAAGAAUCUACCAGAGACAAGAAAGUUCCUUCAUCACCAAGUAAUCUUGUAAAAGGGUUAAAUGAUUUGAGUAAGUUGAAGGAACAAAAGGGUACUCAACAAGAAAAUUUCACAACUCAAAGUCCUAAGGGAAAAUUGAAAGCUUUGGAACCCUACAAUGUGGAGUCUUCUAAACCUAAAGUUUUUGAUGAGGAAAAUAAUGUGCUACUAAAAGUAAAAACCAAAGCUAUAGGUGCAAAAGGUCAAAAGGGUCAAGAGGAAAUUGAUCAAAAAUCAAAAUUUAAGAUGGAUCCUAUAACCCAAAUAGAUGAUGAGAAAAUUCAAGAUGAAAUAAGGAAAAGGGCCAUAUUAGAAAAAAUUAAAAAACAAUUGCACGACGGCGACAGAAAAGACGAAAAGAAAAGCGCUGCGAAUAAAGAAAUUAAAGACGGUGAUGAUAAGAAGACUUAUGAGUCAAGCAAGGUAGAUCAAAAAUAUGUUGAUCAUAACAUGUUUUUAGAAGGAAAAGAAAUUAGGGCAAGAAAAGAGUCAUCAAAAGGAGAAGAACAUUUUGAUGCAAAAGAUGCAAAGAAGGAAAGUGUUACUAACACUUUUGACAAAGCAAAGAGGGAAAAGAAGGAUUAUGAAGUUUAUGCAAAAGAGAAUGGAAUCUUCAAAGAAGUGAGAGAUUCAACUUCUCAAGUUGUUAAGAAAAUAGGAGAAGGAAAAUUGAAUGAACAAGAAAAGCCUUUAGUUGUAAAUAUGGGAGCUGCAAUUUUAGUUAUUGUAGCACUUGGAUCUUAUGUAACCUACAAGUUUGGCUCUUCUAGCAAAAACUAA